GCCAGUCAGUGAUAUUAGUAAUACACAAAUAAAUAACGAAAACUAAUCUUAAUCUUUUCGUAUGAGAUUUAUUUUCUCGACGAUUGUAUUCAGUUCGAAUUAUACGUGUUAUUUGUUUUUAUUAGUGUUGAAACAUUUUAUAAAAUAUAAGCAGACAUGUGUAAAUGAUCUUUAGCUAUAUCGUAGCAAUCUUUUGUCGAUUCAAAACGUACACUGUGUAAAGACGAUCCAUUAUUGGAAAGAGGGGAAGUAGUUAUGCGGAGGGGAGGGGAGGGGAGUGGAGAGGGGCGAGUUCAUUUGCAACAAUGAAAUAUCUUUGUACGCUUUGUAAUUAGCGGAUGUAUUUAAUUAAUACUAAUGAACGGAUGGUAGAAGAUUGUAUUUAAAUCAUGAGCUAUCGUUAUCGCUUUUUCUCUAGACCUAGCUUCCGGUUUAAAUCAAGAGUCCCGUCUAAAAGCCUUCGCGUUAAUUCGUUAUCUGUGGUCGAUACUUAUCGCGUAAACCAUAUACAUACAUGCGUUCCUUAGUCUAACCGCGAAUGUGCGGAAAAAUUUUUUUAGUUGUUUAUACAGAGUAUACGGGCCAAAUACUAAUUUUUAAUAGCUUACUAAAUGUUGCAACGGUAUAGUGACAUUACUAUAACUAUUUUGUUUUAUCUUAUACGACCUUGGAAAUAAAUGCGAAUAUAAUGCCGUUAGCGAAUCUGACGGUUCCUUGGACUGAGCAACAUGUAAAUGAAAAGCAAGGAUUAGAAAUUCUAUCAGAUGAGAACCAGGAAGAAACAAUGAUUACUCAAGGAAACAUUAUUGAGUCGCACUCAAAUGGAUGUUCGGAGUCCCAUGAAAUAGAGGUACGGGAGGUGGUUCGAGAUGGUCAUGAAAAGGCAGAUCCAUCUCAUUUUGAACUAUUAAAAGUACUAGGUCAAGGCUCUUUUGGCAAGGUCUUUUUGGUACGGAAAGUUGUGGGAAAGGAUAGCGGCACGCUAUAUGCUAUGAAGGUCCUUAAAAAGGCGACUUUGAAAGUUAGAGACAGAGUAAGAACAAAAAUGGAAAGAAAUAUAUUGGUGGAUGUGGAGCAUCCAUUCAUUGUUCGACUACACUAUGCAUUCCAGACAGAGGGCAAACUGUACUUGAUCUUAGACUUCCUAAGGGGUGGUGAUCUUUUUACAAGACUAUCCAAAGAGGUCAUGUUCACAGAAGAGGAUGUAAAAUUUUAUCUUGCUGAACUUGCACUUGCAUUGGAUCAUAUACACAAACUUGGUAUAAUAUAUCGCGAUUUAAAACCAGAAAAUAUUUUAUUGGACACUGAAGGGCAUAUCUCUUUAACUGAUUUUGGAUUAAGUAAACAAUCAUUGGAUAAUUCUAAAGCAUAUUCAUUUUGUGGUACAAUCGAAUAUAUGGCACCGGAAAUUGUUAAUCGAAAAGGGCAUUCUUAUGCUGCAGAUUGGUGGAGCUUUGGUAUCCUCAUGUUUGAGAUGUUGACGGGUGCACUUCCAUUCCAAGGAGCGAAUAGAAAAGAAACUAUGACUCAAAUAUUAAAAGCAAAACUUACCAUGCCUUCUAAUAUUUCACUGGAAGCCCGAGCAUUAUUACGAGUAUUAUUUAAAAGAAAUCCAGCAAAUAGACUUGGGUCUGGUAGUGUAGAAGAAAUAAAAAACCACGUCUUUUUUGGAACCAUUGAUUGGGAUGCUCUUUAUAGGAAAAAGAUAAGACCGCCUUUCAAACCAGCCGUUAGUCAAGAAGAUGAUGCAUUUUAUUUUGAUAGUGAAUUUACAUGUAAAACACCUAAGGAUUCUCCUGGUGUACCUCCUAGCGCAAAUGCUCAUGAAUUGUUUCGUGGGUUUAGCUUUGUUGCACCAUGUUUACUAGAAGAUCAUACAAAAACUCCAGAGUACAAAAACUGUGAUAGUAUUAGCAGUACUUUCCCAGCUUAUGUCAAUCCUAUUCUAGUAACUGAUGAAUAUGAAUUUAAGCAGGAAAUAGGUAAAGGAACUUAUAGUACCGUUUACCUUGCAGUUCAUAAGGCAACUAAAACUGAGUAUGCUAUUAAGGUGAUAGAAAAAGCAAAACGGGAUCCUUCGGAAGAAAUAGAAAUCCUGUUACGAUACGGAAGGCAUCCACAUAUCGUAUCUUUAAGAACCGUUCACGAAGAUGAUAGACGAGUUUAUCUUGUGUUAGAACUUUUGCGAGGUGGAGAACUUCUUGAUCGAUUGUUACAAAGACGUAAUUUUACAGAAAGAGAAGCUGCCGAGGUGAUAUACACGAUUACUAGUGUAGUUCAUUAUUUACAUGAAAAUGGAGUAGUCCAUCGUGAUUUGAAACCAUCCAAUAUAUUAUUUUCCAAACCUGGUGGGGAUCCAAGUACAUUAUGUAUAUGUGAUCUUGGAUUUGCUAAACAGUUACGUGCAGAAAAUGGUUUAUUAAUGACACCGUGUUAUACAGCCAAUUUUGUUGCACCUGAAGUAUUGAAACGGCAAGGAUAUGAUACAGCUUGUGAUAUUUGGUCUUUAGGUGUCUUACUAUAUAUUAUGUUAGCCGGAUACACCCCUUUCCGAAACAGUCCAGGAGAUAGUGCAACCGAUAUACUUGAUCAUAUUGGACCCGGAUAUAUAGAUGUAGAAAGUGGAGUCUGGUGUCAAAUAUCAGUGGAAGCCAAAGAAUUGGUCAAGAGGAUGUUACACGUUGAUCCUAAUCGUAGGCCUACAGCAGCUUUAAUUUUAAAAUAUCCUUGGGUUGCAAAUCGUCAUCAUCUUCCACAAAAAAUGUUACCUGAUAUCAGUACAGAUCCACAUAGUUUGAAGAUGGCCGUUGCAGCGACCUACAGAGCUAUGUCAAGUAGUCCAAGAUCACCUCAUAUUGGGCCUGUUGUUUUGUCAGAAUUAGCCCGUCGCAGAACACAAGCUAAACCAGGUCCUACAGAAAUUUAAAAAAUUAAAUUUUAAGAUACAUUAGUAAAAAAAAAGAAACAAAAAAAAGAAGAAAAAAGGAAAAAAAAAAGAAAAAAAAAAAGAAAAAAGAGAACAAGAAAGAAGAGAGAAAAGAUGGAAUUAUAAAUAUCUAAAAGAAUCUUAAAGGGCAAAUUUUGACAUGUACAAGCCAGAUAAUUUAAAGUACAAGAAGAAAGAAGCUAAA